UAGAGGCAUAGUUGUACAUAAACUAGUAUAAUCCCAUAAUUCAUUUAUCCUCAUCGUCGACUGAUCGGCAGGCCUACCCUUUGUUUCGACAGUCUCUAGCGGUACCUGUGAUUGUAGCUCGAUUAACUCGCCUUACAAUCAUCUAUCAACUAGUCAGGUCUGCUACACAGCGGAGGGUCGGUGUGCGGUCCGCCAACACAGGAGCCGCUUGCACUUACAUCGGUGGCGUGGUCUUUGUCGUUACAUUUCCCCCUCAUUUGAUUACAAGUUUUACUUUCCUGCAAAUCAGUCAACAUGGGCAAAAAGGAAGAGGAGGAGGUGAUCAGAAUCGCGAAGAAAAUGGAUAAAAUGGCGCAGAAGAAAAGCGGGUCUGGAGCUUUGGACUUGCUGAAGGAGCUGCGCAGUGUCCCCAUGACUCUGGAAUUACUUCAGUCCACCAGAAUUGGGAUGUCCGUCAAUGCCAUCCGCAAGCAGAGUACGGAUGAGGAGGUGACAUCCCUAGCUAAAUCGUUGAUCAAAUCGUGGAAGAAGCUGUUGGAUGAGCCUGGAGGUGGAGAAAAACAUUCAGAGGAGAAGAGGAAAGAGCAAACCACACCUGUUGUUUCUCCGUCACAGGGAAGCCCAGAGGCAAAAGAAGAAAGCAGUUCCAGCAGUAACUCCAGCAGCAAGAGUGAGCCUGCUGAUGUCGCACCCAACACACUCAUCUCCACUUUUCCUCGUGCUCCCACCACCUCUGAUUCUGUCAGAAUCAAGUGCAGAGAGAUGUUGGCUAGUGCGCUGCAAACUGGGGAUGACUAUAUUGCUAUUGGUGCUGAGUGCGAUGAACUUGGAGCACAGAUUGAGGAAUGCAUCUUCCAAGAGUUUAAGAACACAGACAUGAAAUACAAGAACCGUGUGCGGAGCCGGAUCUCCAACCUGAAAGAUGUAAAGAACCCCAACCUGAGGAGGACUGUGCUGUGUGGCAGUGUGUCCCCAGAGCGCAUGGCCAAGAUGACCGCAGAGGAAAUGGCCAGUGAUGAGCUGAAGGAGAUUAGAAAGAAUUUGACCAAAGAGGCUGUCAGGGACCACCAGAUGGCCACCACUGGAGGCACUCAGACUGAUCUGUUCACCUGUGGCAAGUGCAAGAAGAAGAAGUGCACCUACACACAGGUUCAGACCCGCAGUGCUGAUGAGCCAAUGACCACAUUUGUCUUCUGCAAUGAAUGUGGAAAUAGAUGGAAGUUCUGCUGAAUAUUCAGCGCUACCCUUGGCAUUCAGAGAAGUAGCAAAAUUCCCGGACCAGGCUUGUGUCUAUCUGCAACAGAUUGGAAGUUUGUAUUCUGUGGUACCUGGUGCACAAAUUGCCAUAUAAAGACACCACCUCUGUUAUUUGAAUACCAUGUUCAUAGGUUCAACUCGCUGUCAGACGCCCUGUUACCCAAUCUUUUAAAUCUUGUUUUUAGCUAUUUCUCACUGUCCGAUAUAUGCGAUCAAUCUUGUCUCACUGUUUCUUUUACCAACAUUUUUUAUAUGUAGUUUUAACACUUUUGACAAGGUAUGACCUACAAGCUACCUAAACUUGUUUUGCUUUCCCCUCACACCAUUGUUUUAUUUAAUUUCCCAAUAAAGUGUAAUCCAUUUGAUUAAAAAAUUGUUUUACAUUA